ACUUAAAAGUAUACUAAUGGUUAUAAGUAAGCUUAUUUCAUCAUAUCUGAUGCUUGCUUUAAUAUAUUUAAAUGUGGAACAUUCUCUCUGAGCGCAGUUUGAAACGCCGAGUAUUGACAAUGUAACCACCAUUGCCUUCUGGCAUAGUACAGGUCGAUAACGCAGCAUGAUAUCUGUUAAGUUAUUACGCUGAAAAACCAGCAGCAAACAAUUUGUCUCACCUUUGUUUUUAUUUUCAGGUUCAUCAUGGAUGCUGCUGUUUUUUAUUGUAUUGGCUGAAGCAGGUGUCCCUUCCAACCUGGACUUGUAGCUCUUGGAGGGCCUGGCAACCGAUUUGAGCAAGAACCAAGCCAUCGCCCCGUUCGUCAUGUCCUCGCUCAUGACUCAGGUCUGGGUAGGAGCCACGGGCGGCAUCAAAAACGAGAUGACCCCAGUGCUGGGACUGAGCGGGCCCAGCGACAGGUCUUUCCUGCCGGCCUACAUGUCUGCCAUCGACGAGCUCUCCAGCGGCUGCAGGGACGUCACCACCGCCGUCUUCAACCGCAUCUACCUCCGCAACGGCCGCACCUUCAAGCUCACCUUCAUGGCUCUCCUGCGGCAGUACUACGGCGCUGACAUCAAGACGUUCUCCUCGGAGGCGCGGGCGGCGGCCCAAAUCAAUGCCGAUGUGGCCAGGGUGACCGCAAACCGCAUCACGGACCUCAUCUCCGCUCACGCACUGCGCGAAUCGGGGCUGGUGAGUGUGUGAGUGCACUCUAUUUCAAGGGCCAAUGGCUGAAGACGUUUGAGAGAGAGAGGGCUGGUGCUGGUGAGUGCACUCUAUUUCAAGGGCCAAUGGCUGAAGACGUUUAAGCGAACAGUCAAAGGCCCGUUUUUGACCGAUGCC